UGCCAUCAACUGCUCUUUUAGUCAGUCAGUAGCCGGUUGUCGUUAACAGCAUUCAUAUAGGUACGUGCAGGUGGAGGAACACGUACGGUUUCAUCUCCUUUUCUCGGUGUUGCAGAGCGCGCGGACUGUGUUUCAUUUGAAAAUUGUUAACUUUCGGAUGUUAGUAGGUUUAUGUGAGCCUUAGAGGAAUUUGCGCGUCCGAGGAGGUUUUGGAUGUUCUGAGCCGGAGGUUUUUGGCAUGCGACCGAAGUUGUUUUUCUUUGAUGCAGAGAGGGUUACAUGCAAGAACUGACCAAUAAAAUAUCAAAUACUAUUCAAGGAGCCAGCAUGCUUUGGAUGGCUGUCCUAGGAACAGCAAUAAUGUGGUUUUCAAUUCCCUCAACUCAUUCAUCUCGACGAGGAGCUGCCUACCAGAUUCAACCCAAGCCCUGCUGGGUGGAUGGCAUCGAGGGUACCUGCAUGUUCGUUUACGAGUGCAUAAAGUCAGAGGGCGUACACAUCGGCAUGUGCGUGGACACUUUUAUGUUCGGAUCCUGCUGUGCACACAACGCUAGCGUUAAUGCUAUAUCCAUCGACAGGAAUAAACCUGCCGUUCUUUACACCAGUUCUAGUCAACCGAAAUUAACCACAAAGACGCCGAUGGUCACUGCCAAACCGAGCACUCUGUAUACAGGUAUCUCAGUCCAGAAACAUUCUUCCUCUAUAAACCGAACACUACAAAUGGGCAUGAGCCUUAGACCACACUCUUCCUCCAAAAAACCAACCAUGCCUCCACGUAAUAGCUUGGAGCAAGUUAACGAAGAGAAUCUGGACAAAGCGGAUAGUAACAAUCAGUAUAGUUACACGAAAUUAGGCUGGAGAUCGACCACUGAACCUGGUUUCAUAACGUCUGUUCAGCAUAACUCCAUCAGUACAGAACCUAGUCCCGGUCUACAUUGGCCUCAAACAACUGAACCGAGUUAUGUAAGGACGAAGUUCAAACCGAAUAUGAAUAAAAUGAAACCUACCAAGAAACCGAUUUAUAAUAAAGUGACCAAUAAGUACGGUUUCAAACCUACGAAAGGUACAACCACGACAAAAAGACCCAUCUCCGUUUCGACUAAAAGCCCUGUUACUUCGACGAUUUGGAAAACGGAGAAAGUACCAACUUCUACAGAUAGUAGUAAUCCUGUUACAGUUGGGGUCCAUAAGAAAAUUGGCUGUGGUGUCUCCAAAAUGACAUCACAACCCCAUUCCAGAAUUGUGGGCGGUAAGAAUGCCCCUUUCGGUAGAUGGCCGUGGCAAGUGUCGGUCAGAAGAACGUCGUUCUUCGGAUUCUCGAGCACUCAUCGCUGCGGUGGCGCCAUCUUGAACGAGAACUGGAUAGCCACAGCCGGACAUUGCGUUGACGACUUACUCACUUCCCAAAUAAGGAUCAGGGUGGGCGAAUACGACUUUUCCAGCGUCCAGGAAGAGUUGCCAUACGUCGAAAGGGCGGUGACCAAGAAAGUGGUGCAUCCCAAGUACAACAUCUUCACGUACGAGUAUGACUUGGCUUUGGUGCAACUGGAGGCGCCACUGGAGUUUCUGCCUCACAUCGCGCCCAUCUGUCUACCCGCCUCUGACGAUCUGUUGAUCGGGGAGAACGCCACUGUUACAGGGUGGGGUAGAUUGAGCGAGGGAGGCACUCUACCGUCCGUUCUUCAAGAGGUGCAGGUGCCUAUAGUCAGCAACGACAGGUGCAAAUCGAUGUUUUUGAGAGCUGGCAGGCACGAGUUCAUCCCUGACAUCUUUCUCUGUGCUGGUCACGAGAAAGGGGGUCAGGAUUCCUGUCAGGGUGAUUCAGGAGGUCCCUUGCAGGUCAAGGGAAAGGAUGGCAGAUAUUUCCUUGCCGGUAUAAUAUCCUGGGGUAUAGGAUGCGCGGAGGCUAACUUACCAGGCGUCUGCACGAGGAUAUCGAAAUUUGUCCCUUGGAUAUUGAAAAACGUGACAUAGUUUAGAGGGGGGUGAUCUUGGACGUAAAAGGGCCAGAAUAACCAAAGUUUUGGAUAUUUUCUUCGUGCGUUGUCACAUUCAGUUUUAUGAGGAAUAUUUUCUCAAGGAAAUGUACACCUAGCGCCUUAUCUGUUUGAUCAAUUCGUUGUGUAUGGAUAACCUCAAGAAUUGCUACACAAAGUGCAUUUUUCAACACAAUGAGAAGGGUAUUUAACUUAUUAUUUACACUGAAUCAUCAUCCCAUAAUUUAAUUCCAUAUAUUUACGCUACAGAUUUAACAAGAACACUUUUUAAACAGCUGUAUAUACAAAGGAAAUCUCAUUUUCUUAUUCAUAAAUUCAUCGAAACGUCCAAAUGCAAAUUCAGCGCAGUAUUUGAUCACUUUCUGUACUUUCCUAUCUAUUUACUUCGCCAAGAACAUUUCACCGAUCAAGAUUGUUCAAUUCU